AUGAUGUUCUUGAGCAGCACGUCUGGGAGCACGGGGAAGCCGCGGAUCGCUUGUGAAUGGCCUGGCUGCAGUGUAACGAAUGUAUCACCCAGUGAUUAUAAGAUUCACAUGCGCAGUCACACAGGCGAGCGUUCGUACGCAUGUACGUACCCUGGUUGCGGCAGGGCUUUUGCAACCAGUAACGUACUCAAGUUGCAUGAGAACGCCCAUGUGCCUGUACCCACCCUGGAUGCACAAGGACCUUCACUCAAUCCGGCCAGCGUAAUAUUCACAUGCACACUCACAUGGUUGCACGGGAGUAUCCUGGAUGCGACACCGUCCAGACAGACUAGUCUACAUACAACACAGAUGCACACACCAGAACAGGGACCGUGCGCCUCGCGGUGCAUUCAUGAAGUGUGGGUGGGUUUUAUCGAUUCACCUACCAAUACAUAAUAACCAUUUUUGCUUUAGGGAACAUUCUGGAGCUAAGAGCGAUUUACUACUAUAAUCCUAUGCCGUAUAGCUAGGCUCAUAGAGGCAUGUGCCCCUGUG